AUGGGAUUACAGAUUUUUUGCCCUUUUUUAAUACCUCUUGAAUAUAUUUGUAGAGUUGUUGCAAAAAAAACAAUUUUUAAAGUAUUCAUAUUAAGAUAUAUCACAACUAAGUGUAUCCCGCCCGAAGUCGAUGCAUCACCACGAAUUAAUAUAAUUCUUGUCAUUAGACGUCCGAUCGCAGCAACGUCUUCGCAUCAAGUGACAGUUGACAUUGACAGCUCGUUAAUGAUGGCUGACAGGAGGCGCCCUCUCCCGUCCAUCUUGCCAAUUUUGUUGUACGUUCUUGAACACGUCUCGAUGUCAACUUGGUAUAUUAAAUAUGUUUAA